UGGUUGGGGCGGACUCGAUGGCCCCAGAGGGCCCUUGUAGCACUGGGUCCAUGCCAUGCGUGGGGUAGCGACGAGCAACUAUGGGAUCGGGAUUCGAACCCGCGGCUAAAGGCGGGAGGGUCACGGAGGCGUAAUGGGACAGCGCGUUCGGCCGCCCUUUGUCCUCCCUGGGCCUCGGAGGCGUGGGAGGGGCGGUGUCUGUCAGGCCCCCGGGAUGGGGGUGGGGGCCCGCCCGCGAGGGCGCAGCCGUUAAAGUUUAUCUGGGCCGGACCCGCCCCCUGACCGCCCCCUCCGCGCCCGGUCUCCCGGACUGUCCGCAGGAGAGUCCAGCUGGGAGCCAGGAGUUCUGGACUGACAGAGCGGGCCGGCUCAGAGAGCGCGAUUUAGAGAAGGGGACCCAACAGGUUUUCAAAGAGGGAAUUUUUCCUACACGGACUGCUCUAGCGGUAUCCCUAAAUUCUGGGCAAAGGAUCUUGCUGUUCCAGUGAGGAGGAUGUCUCUGUUCCUCCGAGCCUCCUCCAAGAAGUGGGCUGGUUCUCCUUUGACUGGGCUGGCAAGGCUUGCCCAUCAGGCCAGUUCCAAUGACAGACAAAGAGACACCUACAGCUAUGUCAUCGUCGGGGCUGGGUCCGCCGGCUGUGUCCUGAGCCACCGGCUGUCAGAAGACCCCAACAGCACCGUGAUGGUCCUGGAGGCUGGGCCCAGAGACAUCAUGAUGGGCAGUAAGCGACUGACGUGGAAGAUCCACAUGCCUGCUGCCUUGGUCUCAAAUCUCUGUGAUGACAAAUACAAUUGGUAUUACCAUACCACCCCCCAGAAGGGCCUGAACAACCGAGUCCUGUACUGGCCCCGGGGCCGUGUCUGGGGCGGCUCCUCCUCUCUCAACGCCAUGGUCUACAUCCGUGGCCACGCGGAGGACUACAACCGCUGGAGUGAGGAAGGGGCUGAGGGCUGGGACUAUGAGCACUGCCUGCCUUAUUUCCGCAGGGCCCAGAAUCACGAGCUGGGCGCUAAUCGGUACCGGGGUGGGGAGGGCCCCCUGCAUGUGUCCAGGGGCAAGAGUGAGCAUCCCCUCCACCACGCCUUUCUGGAGGCAGCCCAGCAAGCCGGCUACCCUUUCACUGAGGACAUGAACGGAUUCCAACAGGAAGGCUUUGGCUGGAUGGACAUGACCAUAUACAAAGGUCAGCGAUGGAGCACUGCUAGUGCCUACCUCCGUCCCGCCCUCUCCCGACCCAAUUUGACCGCAGAAUCCAGAACCCUUGUGACCAAAAUUCUGUUUGACGGGAUCAAAGCUAUUGGUGUGGAGUACCUGCAGAGUGGUCAGAGGAAAAAGGUUUAUGCCAGCAAAGAGGUGAUUCUGAGUGGGGGAGCCAUCAACUCACCCCAGCUGCUCAUGCUGUCCGGAAUUGGGAAUGCAGAUGACCUCAAGAAACACGGGAUCCCUGUUGUUUGCGACCUUCCUGGUGUGGGCCAGAACCUUCAGGACCAUUUGGAGAUGUACAUCCAGCAAGAAUGCACUCAGCCCAUCACUCUGUACUCAGCACAGAAGCCCAUACGGAAGAUGCGCAUUGGGCUGCAGUGGCUCUGGAACUUAUCAGGAGACGGAGCUACUGCCCAUCUUGAAACUGGUGGCUUUAUCCGGAGCCGUCCUGGUGUCCCUCACCCUGAUAUUCAGUUCCAUUUCUUGCCUUCUCAAGUGAUUGACCAUGGGCGAGUCCCAACCCAACAGGAAGCUUACCAGGUGCAUGUGGGGACCAUGAGGAGCAUGAGUGUGGGCUGGCUGAAACUGAAAAGUGCCAACCCCAUGGACCACCCAAUUAUUGAGCCUAACUACAUGUCAACAGAAGAAGAUAUUCAGGAAUUCCGUCUGUCUGUGAAGUUAACCAGAGAGAUUUUUGCCCAGAAAGCUCUGGAACCAUUCCGAGGCCAGGAGAUCCAGCCUGGAAGCCAUGUUCAGUCUGACCAAGAGAUUGAUGCCUUUGUCAGGGCAAAGGCUGACAGUGCCUACCAUCCCUCGUGCACAUGUAAAAUGGGCCAGCCCUCUGAUCCCACUGCAGUUGUCGAUCCUCAAGCCAGAGUCAUUGGUGUGGAAAACCUGAGGGUGGUGGAUGCAUCUAUAAUGCCCAGUGUGGUCAGUGGCAACCUCAAUGCACCCACCAUCAUGAUAGCAGAGAAGGCCUCGGACAUGAUCCGUGGGCUUCCAGCGCUCUGUGACAAGGGUGUUCCAGUCUACAAGCCCAAGACCUUGGAAACCCAGCGAUAAGAUGUCACGUGGCCCUGGCCAAGGGAGUAUCCGAAGGAAAGUUGAUCUUUAAGAGAACAGGUCCAACAGUCCCUGGACAUUACUUACUGACUCAAAGCCAAAUUCCAAAAUAAUUUUGGACAUUGUUAGAUGUUGGCCUACAUGGAUGCAGUCUUCCAGCUAGGCCAGCCCUCUUCUCCAAAGCAGACUUGCAGAAGACAUUUGUUUUGCUUGUAAAUGGGAUGGUUUUCUUUUUAAUCCUAUGCUGAUUAUUUUAAAAAGAAAUCCCAUUUCAGAAGCGCAGCCUAGAAACAGACCCAUAUGUCAGGUAAUUCAGGUAGCUGACAGCCUCAUCUUGAGGUCUGUCCCAAUGACAACCUCAACUAGGAAAAACACUUGGCAGUGAAACCAUUUCUUUUUUUUCCAAGCUCUCUGCCUGGGUCAGAGCCUAUCUGUGGGACAAGAGAAAUCCAGAGACAUUCUGGGUUCCCUGACAGGAGAACUGUGGGCUCCUCUUUAGAUCUUCCUUACCUUUAUUCUCCCCUCUCACCCCAGAGAGAUCACCCAGGGCAGGGGGGGAUGACAGGGGCAUGUGUAUUCAUCCCCAUGGGCCUGGUUUAGUCUUCUAUGCCUCAGUGUUGGCUGCUGGGAUCAGUGCUGCUUCCUUAGUCUUAUGGAGCAUUUAUGCUAGGUGACUGACCCAAGGCCCCUAUGCUAAUAGAAUGUAAGGGCCUUGAGGACAGGGAGGGCUUCAUUUUUCGUCAUUUCUCUGACUAGGACCCAGCCCAUUGCAAUGCGUGUAGUUAGUAGUCAGUGCUUAUUGAAUUGGAUAGAAUGAUUCCAUGGAAGUGAUUGCCCAAAGACUGUGGGAUCAGAACUGAGGAGACCUAUCUUCUAAUGUACAUUUUACUUGGUGAAAAGCAGCCUUGAAGACUUUACCCUUCUUUCUGUUCCCUUGGGCAAAGCACUUUUUUGAGCCUCUUUCCUCUUCUGCAAAGGAGGAGUGAUUACUUUUUUCCCAUCCUCUCUCAGAGGAUUUGGGGGCUGGGCUGGUGGGGGAUGGGUUUUGAGGACCAAAUGAGCCAAAUGGACAGGUGAGCGUUUUAUACAAAGCUCAACAAGAGCCAUCAGGUACUUUGACAUCCUGUUAGCUAACAUUUCCAGCCAUCACACAUCUCAUUGAGGAGCUAAAUGAAGACGUUGGCAUCUUAAAAACUCAAUGGAACUUGUAGCCUUGGGAGGCACGCGCGCGUGCGCGCGCACACACACACACACACACACACACACACACACACACACACACACACACACACACACACCAUGAAGUUUGAACUGAAGCUCAGUUUGAACCUGUGCCCACCCAGACCUGAGCAGUGCUCUCCUUUGUCAGCACCUUCGUCCACCCAUGGUCAUCUAGCCUUGCCCCCACCCCCAACAGAAAACCCAGUACCUCCCAUACCAAACUUCCAGCUCCAGAGACCUUGACUUCCUAGGAGGUUUUCCCUCAUACUGAGCUAUGACUUCAACCCAUACACGAAAUUAGUUUGCUCUUCAUCACAUAGAGGUUGGACCGGGUGACCUCGGAGGCUCCUUCCAGCUCUGAGCUGCUCUUUGUCAGGCGGGAGCUCCUUAGUGGAGAUCAGUCUUUGGACCUGAAAAUGAGAUUGUUUGCUCUACAGAGCCCCAUGAAAUACCAGGCCUGAACUGCAUCAUGUCUUCAUCAAGAGCAUCUUAAUUGUUUUUUUUUUUUUGGAGGGGGAGGUAGGGGAUGGAGAGGGAAGAGUUCUCUUGUAUCAGUCAGCCAGGCUUUCUGGGUUAGUAGUCAUCCUGACCCUGGAGUAGUGUCCCUCUAUUCGACAGAACCGAAUGCCCCAGAAACUUCCCAUAGCUGUCGAGUUGGGGUGUGAAUUUCACUCCCGUCUGUUAGCAAUAGAACACAGAGCUACUCAUCAUUAGUGGGUAUUUCCUGGAAACCCAUUCAUCUGGGGAUCUCCUGGAGUUCACAGGAUAGUACCGUAGCAUAUCAUGGACUCUUAAUAUGUGAACAGAUAAAACUGAAAAUCUAAUCAAAUGAAUAAAAUAGGAACUGAUAGAUUUGAGUGCAUUUUUUAAAUUAAAAAAGGGACAGUACCCUAUGGUAUUUUUAAAUCAACUAAUUUAAUGAUGAAUUAAAUUCUUAACUUUGUAGCCAAAAGUAGUCUGUCUCUACCAGGUAACAAGAAAACUGUUUUGAUUUUAUUUAUUAGAAAAUGGCCAAUCUGCCUGUGAUUAGGAAAAGCGCCAUUACUAAGGAAGAUUAUAGCAUUGGGAGAUAGAGGAUAAGAAAAAUUGGGGAACCAGGCCUUUUAGAAUAAAAUGUAAGAGCUAAAUGGAGGGCAAUAGCCCAUUCAGUUUGUGAGAGAACACACAUGUGACAACCUGCAAACAAGUUGUAUCUCUUACUGAACCAAACAUGCUUUUUGAUAACCUGGUAGUGUAAUCUUCACGUCAGAAAAUCCCAUUUAGGGGCAAGCAGGGCUUUGUUCUGAGUCAGCUUGGCUACAAUCAGUGCUUAGUAUGUGCCUACUACAUAGUAGGCACUCAAAUGAGUGUUGACUAACUGACAUAAUUGUUUACUUCCUUUGGGCUAAGAGGCAGCUGCCCCUCUGACCAUAGUAAAGUUUACAGAAAUUGGGACUUUCAUCCCUCAUCAGUCACAAUUCUCCUGCCUUUUUGUAUUUUCCUGGAUAGGAACUGGAACUAUGUCUUGCCUUAAGCAAUGCACAUAAUAAAAAUCUUUCCAUAUUGUCUGAUGUGCCACUUAAUGGAUGCAUCUCUCUUGCUUUCUAGAAGCUUCUUGUUCCCAGGAUUGAAGUUUACUCUUUUUCUUCCUGCGUGCCAAUGAUAUGAAAUAUAGUAUGUAUAAAAAAGUCAUUUCUCAUAGAUUUCCAAAAGUUAAAAGCUAGGAACUCUGAAUCAUACAGAUAAAUAAAUGUUGGAGAGAUAAAUGUCAUAAAUAGUAUCAACAAGGAAUAAUGAACAGUUUAUUCCCAAUAGUUAGCAUUUACACAAAGCAACUAGGGGUUCAGUGGAUAGAGCACUGAUCCUGGAGUUCAGGAAGACCAGAGUUUAAAUCCAGCCUUAGACAAUGACUAGCUGUGUGACCCUGGGCAAGUCACUUAUCCAUUUGCCUUAAUCCAUUGGAGAAGGAAAUGGUAACCUACUCCAGUAUCUGUGCCAAGAAAUUCCAUGGACAAUAUUGUGCUAUGGUCCAGAGGGCCGUGAAGAGUCUGAUGUCACUAAAGAACAACAAGAAUUUAUCUAAUACUUGAAGAUUUGUAAAGUGCUUUACAAAUAUCCCUGGGAGGGAGGUGCUGUUAUCAUCCCCAAUUACAGACAAGGAAACUGAGGCAGACAGAGGUGAAGUGACUUGGCCAGAAUCACAUAGUAAGUGUUUGAUGCUGGAUUUGAACUCGGGUUUCAGUGACUCCAGGUCUAGUGCUCUAUCCAUUGUAUACCUAGCUACCUCGUUUAUUGAAUAAUCAAUAUUAAAUUUCCUGUCAAGGUUAUUCAUUUGUAAUGUAGUUUUCCCUGAUGAAAGGUAUCUGUGCCUGUCAGUUGACAUACUUCAAUCCCCAUUAAACAUACUAUAGCAGGGACCCAGACUCAGACUUCCAUUUACUUCGCUGGUAUUUAUAAUCAAGGUUCUUGUUUAAGUAUUUGUCCUUUAAAACAUGAGAAUAAACUGAACCUCCCGUCAUGCAUUUGACAGCUUUUCUUUCCCUGCUAUGGAUGAUGUGUAACAGGUGUUCCCAAAUAGGUUUCCUGGGUAUUCAAGGUCCUGAAGGGCCUAUUUGUUGGUGCUUGUCAUUUAAUUCUGACUUAGUCACCCAGAGAACUGCUAAAGUACGGCAUACUCUUGUUCCUGUUACUUAGCAUCACUUUGAUAA